AUAAGAACUUAGUCAAGGUAUACGUUAGCAUUGACUUGAUACACCGAUUAACUUUAUUAGUGACAUAUCUUCAAUGUUGACAAUGUCAAGUGUCUACGUCUUUUGUCUGAUUGCUGUUUUCGUGAGAUAUGGAGAAUCUGCGGCACGAUGUCCUAUUGGCUGGGACCACCAUGGAAACUCUUGCUACUUAUUUUCAAAAGACACCCAGUCUUGGAACAGUUCAUCGGACAGCUGCGCUACAGUUGGUGCAAGUUUGGUAGCCAUUGAAUCCCAGACUGAGGAGACGUUCAUACAGAAUAGACUACAUCAUGAAUUUGCAAGCUUUAUGUUCUGGCUUGGUGGUACCGACCAGUUUGUAUCUGAUCAAACAUGGUACUGGGUUCAAACUGAACAAAAAAUAAACAACGGAUAUACGGAUUGGUACCGCACAGAACCUGAUCAUCCGGGAAAACAACAUUGUCUUGCGAUGAGAAAGGACCUUAACUACCAAUGGUGUGAUGACUAUUGUCCCGAGUUACACGGCUACAUCUGCGAAAUGACUCUUGGAGAUUUGGACCUCAUAGGAUGAACGUGAAGAUGUAAUACCUGCACUUGACAGUUAUUUACUAUUAUAUCAUUACUAGUCUAAAUAAACAAAUGCAACAAAGUA